AGAGUCACUGCCAUCCACACCACAGCACACACCACCACCACGUCUGACUCUGAACCAUCUCCCUUAUAGUCUUCAAAGAAAUCUCAUUUGUGAACGCCGUCCUUUAUAGCCUUAGUUUCCAGCUUAGAUAUCUAAAUCCCUCUGAGAGUAAGCCAAAUGCGCCUCUCAAUACUUCCCGUCCUUGUUGCAGGGGCUGGUAUUGUCAGCCAGGUUAGUGCGGAGCCCGUCCGUGUCUUAGUCGAGAGCCCCUCAAAUGCCAAUGCAAACAUUCGCUUCGGCCACGCCAUUGCCAACGCCAACGUGAAUGGCAAUGAUGACUCCGACAACGUCGGCCGCUUGGUGCGCCCGAGCCUCGUAAUGACCACCUCCACCGAGAUCAAGGGGAAGCAUCACUUUUGUGGCGCGUCCCUGAAAGCGAAGGCACUCCGCAUGUCAAAUGCGUUCCGUCAUGCUCUUGGCCUUCCUCUCAUCGAGACGGGUGACCAUGACGCAUUCAAGGGCGAAGUCGCCAGCACACCCGGUUCUGUUUCUGGAGAACUUCAUAUCCUUCCCAUUCCCUUGUUCGGGCAACCCGUUGCAUCAAGCGUCCCCGCCAGUUCCUCUGAGAAGGACAAUUCAGGCGAUGUCAAGGAGCUUCUUCCUGACGGGUCCGUCGUGCGGGUCUAUCGCCAGCAUGGAGCUGAAUCUCACCAUCACCAUCAUGACAUGAAGCACAAGAAAGCCGGAUCUUUCCUCAGGCGUGUUCACCGCGCCAUCAUGGCCCUCGGCCUGUGGGAGGGUCGUGCUGUUGCGUUCGUUCUUGGUUGCGGAAUCGGUGUUUUGCUUCGCAUGUUCUGGGUGAUGUCUGUCCUUGUGUAUCGCACCGUCAGAGGUGAGAGACUGGAGGAAGUCAGUCAUGGGUACAUCAUGUUCGAACAUGAUGCAGAGAACAACUUCGUCCCUCCUCCUGAAUACACUGACGAAAAGGUGAAGGUAGCCGAGGUCGAGGUUCAAGAGAUCGAGACUCGCGUGGAGUGAAUGACACCGAUCCUCUCCAUUUGAAACACCACCCACAUGCCUAUGAAUAUUUUGAUCUCGUUCGCGUACUGUGACCACUACAUAUUUACACCCAGAUCCACUUCUGUUUCUCUCUUCGCUUGAUGCAUAGCUGGUCGCUUGGUUUGGAAAUGCCUCACGUCUGUCUUUGACGGACUCACACAUUCCUUUAUCACUGUGCACAUGUUGUAUUUUUGUUGCCUGGUGCUCGUAGUAACACGAUUGAUAAAAUUGCCUACCAAGACCAAUUGGAAACGACCAGCAUACAAGAGAGAGAAUUUAUAUUUUUAUACGCCGC